GCCAAAGCCAAGAGAAACACAGCCGCGCCACCACCACCCACCCACCCACCCAGAGCGAAGGGGAGGCAGCAGCACAAGGCAGAAGCCGCGCGCGGCAAGGCAAUGGGCAACAGCAUCGGCGGGCGGCGCAAGGGCGCCAAGGUGAUGCAGCUGGACGGCACGGCGUUCCGCGUGAAGCCGCCGGCGUUCGCGGGCACGGUGCUGCGCGACCACCCGGGGUUCCAGCUCCUCGAGUCCGAGGAGGUGAAGCUGCUGGGCGUCCGCGCCCGCCCGCUCGCGCACGACGCGCAGCUCCGCCCGGGCAGGCUCUACUUCCUCGUCGCGCUGCCCCGCCCCGCCGUCCCGCCGCGCCGCGCCUGGUCGGGCGCGCUCCACGUCGGCGCGCGGGAGCGGCUCGAGUCCCUCAUGCUCACGCGCCGGUCCACCUCCGACCUCUCCCUCCCGGCGGGCACGGCGCCGGCGUCCCCGCUCUCCACGGCCUCCGAGGGCGGGCCCGUCCGGCUCCGCAUGCGCCUGCCCAAGGCGCAGGUCGAGAAGCUCAUGGCUGAGAGCCGGGACGGCGCCGAGGCCGCCGCCAGGAUCAUGCAGCUCUGCGCCGCGAACGCCGGCAGCGGUAGCGGCGCCGCCACACCCGAGAGGGGCAUCCUGCGGACGCCCGAGCGGAGCCCGCGGUUCGUGCCGACGCCGGACUGGGGCGUUGGCGUUGGCGCCGCCGCGUUCCCGCAGACGCCCGAGCGGAGCCCGAGGUUCGCGGCCACGCCCGACUGGGGCACCGGGUUCAUGAUGCCGGCGAGCGCUGCGACGGCGCCAAGGACGCCGGAGAGGUGGCCCGCGCUGCCCCGAACUCCGGAGUACGCGUCGCCGGACGUCAAGGCCAGCCGGAAAGAGAAGCGAACGCGGUUCGUGGCGCUGCCAGAUGAGAUAAUCGCGUGACUUUUUCUCCCUGAUCGGAUCGGAUCGGAUCGGAUGAAACGAGGGCGGCGGCCCGCAGGGUCAGAAGACGCACUCACUGUGCCGUGGUGGUGAUGGUGACUGUCAGAGAGCCAGAAGAUGUAGACUCAUCCGCAGGGUCCGAGACGCUCCUCUGUCCCAUGGUCGUUUUCCUCGGUUGCGGGCUGGGAAAGAGCACCACCUGCUGCGGGUCGCCGGUGGCUGGCGGCAGCUUCCUGUCUCGCCUCCGACGACAGGGACUGGAGUGUCAUCUUCUUCUUCUUUCUAAUGGUGUGUGGUCUAUGUAUCUUUAAAGGCUCUCUUGCUCAUCGUCUUCGUCUCUAGAUGUAGGUAGCUGAAGAAGCUUAGAGUAUAAAUAGUUCUUACAUGUAUAUGAACAUACUUUUGUGGAGACGAUGACAGCUACCCUAUGUAGCCACCAGCUUCGCGUGUCAUCAUCCCGAUCAUGAUUCUGUUUGUGUAAAUAUCCCGUCACAGAGGAAUAAGGAAUUGCAUAUUUUGGUGGUUCAGUUCC